AUGCCGUCUGCAGUAAAAUUAUAUAUUUAUGAUAUUUCAAACGGAUUGGCUAGUGCUCUUGGAUCAUCGUUACUAGGUAAACAAAUUGAUGGAGUAUGGCAUACUGGCGUAGGAGUAUACGGGAAGGAGUACCUUUUUGGUUCAAGUGGUAUAUCGUUUACGGGUCCUGAGGAAUUAUUUCAACUAGGCUAUGUUCCUAAACCAAAAGUUGUACUGUUGGGUGACACAAAUAAAACAAUUGCUGAAGUUGAAACGUGGAUCGUAGAACAAGGAGCCGGUCGUUUCCAAGGCAUCCGAUAUCAUCUAUUAGAUUGGAAUUGUAAUAAUUUUUCUAAUGAAUUAUGUAAAUACUUGUUAGCUGGAAAGGGCAUUCCUGAAGAUAUACUCGAUCUACCAAAAAUUGUUAAAUCAACUCCUCUCGGACGUAUGCUUCUCUCGUUUCUGAACAAUGAUCCAAUAUCUGUUGCGCAAGAAAAUGCAACACAUAGCAGCAAUAAUCAAACCGCUGAUAACGUACAUAUGGUGAAUAGUUCCGUUCCAUCCAAUGCAAAACGAACAGUUAGAAAAUCUAUUUUGUCAAAAACAGAUAUAACAGUAGAUAAAAUCGACACAAUCAAAAGAUUAUGUAAAAGAUCAUUUAACAAACACGAAAUCGAAUUAUUAGAUGAUAUUAGAGAAACAUUUCUACCUACCACAAAUUAUUCUCCAAUGUUGACAAAAGAACAUAUUUCACUAAUGAGUAUGCAUCAAAACAAAGGGUCUUUAAAUAAAGCUGUGUUUUACCGUUUUUUAUUAGUCUCAUUGAUGGUAAAUGAUAUUGAGGAUAUAGAUGGACAAAUAGAUGUUCUACAACUGCUACAAUGUCUGUCUGAACGUGAACAUGUUACAAAAAGUUUUUCAGAAUUAAAAGGACAAGAUUCACCUAUUGAAUUACUUAAAGGAUUAACAGAACAACCAGAACAAAUACAAAUCGAAUUCAUGAAAUGGUUUUCAUCAAUUGCAUCAACACCAACAGGUCAAACUAUGUUGUUAAAUGUUGAAGACGAUUUAGUUCCGAUAUUCACCGAAAUAAUUCUUAAUGAAACUUACUCAAAACAUGUCAAAUAUGAAAUAAUCGUUUUACUACAUAAUUUAUUAUGUUCAGGAUCGACUGUCCGAGUCAGUCAUGUUCAAGCAAUAGUGGAAGUAAAAUUAUCUCAUUUCAAACAAAUUCUCGAACAAAAUGUUAGUAAUGACAACGUUGUGAAUUCAAAUGGCAAACAGUCGUAUGAACGAUUGAUAUUGGCUAAUGAACAAUUAAAAACAGACAUAUCAAAAAUAUUCACUGAAUAUGUAAACAAAGAAAAACAAGAAGCUUCUGGGGAAAAUAAACGUAAAGCAAAACGUAAUCAAAAUUUUCUAUCUAUAGUGUCUGAUGCUGAAAAGGAUGAAGAAGAAGAAGAAGAAGAAGAAGAAGAAGAAGACAUAGACGACGAAGAUAAUUUAAACAAUGACGACCAUGAUUUGAUUGAUAUUGGACAAAUGGAUGAGAAAAGUAACGGACAAUCAGCCCAGCAAAGCGGUGAUUUAAAAAGACCAAAACUAGAAGAUAAUUAA